CAGAGGUAAAAGUGUGGAUGAUUUCACUGUCAUGAAAUAUUGAACAGGGGCGUUUUAACUAGGAUUUAUAAGACUCGCUUCAUUGUCCAAAAAAAAAUAUUUCCUUGUGACGACAUAAUGACGUAACAUACUGGAGCAUCAUAAAAGGCGGUAAAUUAGCCCAGGGGUGGAAACUAAACGCUGACAAUGGAAAAGCUUGUUGUAAUUUUAUAUGUGUGUGUGUUGACGACCUGGGUUCGGACUCAUAGAGCGCCCACUGUAUACGACGUCCUGUCUCUUGUUUAUAAACUCUGUGCUACAAAAGACUUGCGACAAAAUAUCGAAUGUCUCGAAGAGCAUCUGUCAAAGAAGGUGACUCCAUCACUUCACCAUUGCUUUCCCGGAGAAUCAAUAGAUACCACAAAGAGGACUAAAACCCCUAAACACAGUGUGGAAGAUAUUGUAAAGGUGCUCUGUUUAAGAUCUACGUUCGUUUUUCAAUGGCGAGAAACACACCAAAAGACUCCACUGCCUUUAACAAUGGUAAUUGGCCUAACUGCUCUAAGACGAAUGGCAUGCGUUAUAGAAGAAGUACACCGUCCUCUUUCAACGUGGGAAUUUGCCUUUUCGAAAUGCUUUGCUUAUGAAAGUGUGAAAAAAGUCCAAAAUUCCG